UGCGUAAAGCACCUUAGAGUCCCCCAAAAUUAUCUAGCCCGCUAACUCACACUCAAAACUUCCAGCUCUACUAUUUCUAGUGUAAUUACUGUAUGUACAACACCGUCGAAAGUUUGAGAUAUGACUAUGAUGGGUUCACAGCCAAGACAACCCAGUGAACUCAACUCGAUCUCACUGCCCAGCCAGCUCAAUAGCAGAUCAUCAGAGCUCGAAGCGACAUCAUCACAGUCCAGCAUUAGCAGAAUUCAGAAUGGAUUCAAGAAAUUCUCUCUGGCAAGGCGAAAACACGCCAGCAGCGACGAGGACUUAUGGGGGGCGUACGGACUAAAUCUGCUUUAUGACCCCCCGGACCCUCUCAUUGAUUUGAUAUUCGUCCAUGGUUUGCGAGGUGGCUCUACCAAGACGUGGUGCAAGGGUGAUGAUAUGAGGCUUUUCUGGCCCCAGGCUUGGCUGCCUCGUGAACAGGACUUGCAAAACGCUCGCGUUCACUCUUUUGGCUACAACGCCGACUGGGCGGAUACCAAGGAGACAAAGCUUGAUCUCCAUGAUUUCGGUCGGGCUCUACUUACAGAGAUGAAUACAUCCCCUUUUCUGAGGAGAUCAAGAGAGACACCUAUCCUCCUCAUUGGUCAUUCAAUGGGUGGCAUCGUUAUUAAGAAGGCCUACAUAUUAGCGCAGCAAGAUCCAACAGCUCACUUCCUUGCUAAUAGGAUCCAAGGCAUGUUUUUUCUAGCCACGCCGCAUAAGGGCUCAGAUUCUGCGAAACUCCUCAACAAUAUUCUACGAGCUAGCACAGUUCUUAGUUCAAGGCAGUACAUCUCGGAGAUAUUCAAAGGAUCACCUUCUCUGCAAACUAUCAACGACGAAUUCAGAAUGUUCACGGACAACGUUCAAAUUUGGUCGUUCUAUGAGACCUUGAAGACUAGAACGAGCCCUGCAACCUCUGUACUGAUCGUCGACCGAGAUUCUGCGGUUUUGGGAUACAAAGGAGAAAAGGCGCAGCCGCUCAACGCCGACCACCGGAAUAUUUGCAAAUUCGAUAGCCCGAAGGAUCCCAACUACGUCACUAUUCGAAAUUCUUUAUCCAAAGCAGUCGAGGACCUAUUAGGCGAUGUCUUCCUGAACAGAACCGAAGAGUCAAAGACCCAAAUGAGAGACAUUGAAACGUUUUUGAUGAUCUCCUAUAAUUCUGAGGAUGACCUUAUUACAGCUGAGGCAAGCAAGACAGAAGGAACUUGUGAAUGGAUCACAAGUGUUGAUUCAUUCGAAGGUUGGAGGGACUCGCUUGCCGAGGAGCCAAUGCUCUAUUGGCUCACAGGUGAACCAGGGUCGGGGAAGACAGUGCUUGCAACACAUAUAAUCCGGCACCUGCAAAAUAUGGGAGCCGAUGUUUCUUACCACUUCUUCCAAUAUGGGCGAAGAUCACACCAAACUAUUAGCGGUUUCUUACGGCAAAUAGCCUAUCAAAUGGCCCUUCGUCAUCCCUCAGUACGCCAAAGUCUCCACAAGAUACAGGAGAUUGGUAUGGUAUUUGAUAAAGAGGAUGAACGAACCAUAUGGCGAAAAGUAUUCGUGAACGAAAUAUUCAAUUCACCCUUACAUAGUACACAGUACUGGGUUGUGGACGGACUUGACGAAUGCAUAGAUGGGCCGAAGCUCUUCGGCUUGAUAACAAAGUUUGAACUAUCGUUUCCCAUCAGGUUAUGCUUUGUUACGAGGAGGCGUCCAGAUCUCGAUCGACACUUUAGCCGUUUCGAUAGAACUCUCUUCGCCCAUCAUAUCGAUACUGAUCGAACACUCAAGGACAUUGGUGCAUAUAUCCGAGACAACGCCACAAUGCUCCCUGUUAACGAAGACGAAUAUGACUCCUUAAUUGAAAGAAUAGUCAGAAAGUCGAGGGGUAUCUUUCUUUGGGCAAAAUUCGCUCUAGAGGAAUUGGCAAAGGUGUAUAGCGAUGAAAGCGUCGACGAGGUGUUAGACGAAAUGCCUGAGGGCAUGGCUUCCAUAUAUUUUACAAUCUUACAGAUGAUGGCCACUAAUACUCGCGAAAUCAAGCUCACAAAGGCUAUUCUCACCUGGGCUGUCUGUGGAGUUCGGAACUUGAACGUUCUCGAAUUGCGCGCUGCGUUAAAGUUGGAUUUGGCUACGAAUAUCAGAAGCGUGGAACGAAGUGUAGAAGGGCUUUGUGGCCAGCUGUUACGCAUAGACAGCAAAACCGGCACUAUACAUGUUAUCCACGCUACAGUCCGUGACUUUCUUCUUGAUCACGAAUUGCAAUCACCUUUGGCGAUACACAAGGACAAAGGCCACCAUCGCUUGGCCGUGGUCUGUCUGCAAUAUCUGGUGUCCGAGGAGAUGAGGCCACCAAGGCACCGCUCACUUGUACAAGUACAGUCAAGAACGACCUCUGCGUUUGCAGACUAUGCGUGUACCCUGUUCUCAGACCAUAUAAUCAAAGUUUCGGCUCAAUCGGACGAGGUCCUAACCCUACUGGAUCGUUUUUUCCGAACUAAUGUACUGUCUUGGAUUGAAUUUGUCGCGCGCAAGAAACGAGAUCUGUUCUAUGUAAUCCGUGCUGCACGAAACCUCAAACAGUACCUGGAAAGGCGCGUCAAGUGUAUUACCUCGCCCCUUGACGAACAGUACAAGUUCAUUGAACACUGGACAUCGGACUUAAUACGAAUUAUGUCCAAGUUUUCUCGAAAUUUAGUCAACUUUCCGUCCACAAUUUUCUAUCAUGUUGCACCGUUGUGUCCUGUAGAUUCUGCUAUGUUUCUCCAAUUCAAUAGUCCACAAGGUGGCUUUAAGCUCAGCGGCACAAAUCAUAUUGGCUGGGAUGACUGCGUCUCGUACAUUGACUACCGUGGAGUACGGGCAUUAUCCCUUGCGGUUGGAGACAAUCUGUUCGCUAUUGGUCAAAGAACUGGCCAUAUCAAAGUCUAUGACUCGGCUACUUGUCAAGAAAAGACAGCUAUUGCUCAUGGGGAGCCAGUCAGAUUUCUGAAAUUCAAUAGCUCUGGCCAACGACUACUUGCAUCUGGUACCCGUCGACUCACCAUGUUCAAUGUGGUUGGUGAACCACUUUGGACUUAUAACCAUCAAGACCCUGUUGUAGCGGGAAGGUUCUCAGCGAAUGAUGACACAGUCACGGUCGUUACUAGUCGUAGCUCAGUCCUACAUUUUUCUGCCUCUAACGGCGUUGUGCUGCCCGGGCAGUAUUUAGGGAAGGAGGAUUGCAAGCAGCUGAAAAAAGCGACGCCCCGAGCAAUCCUCCACGCAGAUAUAUCACCCGAUAUGGCGAUUAUGGCGAUAGCCUAUCGUGGGAGUCCUGGUCGUCCUGUACAGCUUUGGAGUCUUGAAAAGGACAUUUCAAUUGGUGCUUGCUGGUUCAAGAGAGAUACGGCAGGACUAGCGUGCACGCCAAUCUCAGAUGUUCUUUUCAACCGUAAUCCCGCCGUGGAACUUCUUGCCGUUGCGACACAGGACGGUGAACUCGCAGUAUUUGAUCCUUGGACUCGUCGGGAGAUUGUCUCGGUGUCCGGCGAAGCAUAUAUUCUUGCCUGUACGCCCGAUGGGCGAACACUUGCGACAGGUGAUAUGCGAGGUUCCGUCAAGCUCUGGGACUUCGAUACUCUCACUCUACUCUAUUGCAUCAAAUCUGAUGACUAUGAAGUCCGAUCCUUAGCUUUCAGCACUGAUGGUUUUCGCCUUUAUGAUAUUCGUGAGGCUAAAACAAAAGUUUGGGAACCAUCGGCGCUCGUGAGGAAGAGUUUAUCAGAUGAGUCGAGCAUAAGCGAAUCAAUUGCGCAACCUGCAACAGUGAUUGAUCGCAGCCAGGAAGUCACCGAGAUAAUGAGCCUGACUAGCAUGGGCUCCGAACAGUUUGGACUAGUCGGCAGAGAGGAUGGUUCAGUUGUUCUGUUUCAUACCUCUAGCGCCAAGUUUCAGAACACAUUAUACUCACAUAGGCGUCACGCAAUGGUGACACGCGUAACAUGGAGCGUUGGCGGCUAUGUAGCAACAGCGGAUUCUUCAGGUAUAAUUCAAGUAUGGUCCACUUCAAAAGGUGAUGGGAACAUGAUGGAAGCCGGUCGCAAGGUCCUUGGAGUUAAAAUUAUGAGUUCAGUCCGCGACUUACAGUUAAGCCCUAGCGGGUCCAAGCUGUUGGUACGCGAGGCCGCUUCUGAUUCUAUAUACUGGAUCCCAAGUUCGACGGUUGAAUCGGCCCCUGACAAUUCAAUAAUUGAGGGACCUGAUAUUCUUGAUCGUACCUGGGCCUGGCUUCCAAAUCCUAUAACCGGGUUUGAUAUCAUCAUGAUUGGUGAUUCGGCUCUGUAUCUCUAUGAGACCUGCGAUACGGCAAGACGCAUUUCCUUGAAAGCGAAAGUCACCCUUGUGUCUCAUCGUGGCCAUCCUGUGCCGCCGGGCCAACGACUACUCUUCACAGAGAGCUCAAGGUUCCUAGCAGUCGAGCUAGAGAAAUCACAACAGGAAGAUUCUCCGAAGCUUCUAGUCUACUACUUGGAGCACAUACUCCACGAGACAGAAACGACUCCAGAGAGUGCUCUCGGGAAGCCACAGCCCUUGUUAUGUCUACUACAUCGGACGAUCCGAAUGUUCAUAGGUUGGGACAAUGAGACUCUCGUCUAUUUAGAUACAGAACUUUGGAUCUGCUCGAUUGAAAUGUCAUCGAUUAAGAGUGGCGACAUUCGAAGUUACACGAGAAGACGCCAUUUGUUCAUUCCAUUCGAGUUAAUUGGUUCUAGCAAUGGCAUUGCGCCGGUUCUGGUUUCCGGGACUAGUAUUGUUUUUCCUCGUCAAGGAUUCUUGGCAGUCAUUGAGAACGCUGUAUCAACGGUUUUCAUGACUGAUGAGGUCGUAGUUGAUAAAUGAAGGUAGCCAGAACAUCGGUUCCUCGUGCCAUUUUCCAAAUGACCUUGUUGUUCCAAUUGGAUGAAACAUAUACCGGUUCGUGUAGGUAUGUGGUGUAGACAUGAGACUUUGCUUUUGGGUCUAUCCUUGGCAUAUUAAUCAGGAAUGGAAACAAGACGGGAAUAGUCAUUUCCGCCUAAAUGUGCUGCAGGUAAGGCUAGUGAAAUUGUAAUGUUAGAAACUAACUUACCUAGGAUCUGCCUAGGUAUUUUGUUCGAUAGGCUUCUGCUAGAUCCAUUCAUCUGAGCAAGGGCUUAUAACAUAGCAUAGUUGUAAUAGUACAUUAAAAGUUUUUGACUCCUCCCAUA